CCAAACUGAGCCGGAUUCGCGCCCCAGCGUGGUCCGCGUCGCACCGCCAUGACGUAACCCACGCGCCGCCGCCGUCGAGCUGGGGGCGGGUCUGGAGGGCGGGGGCGGUGCCGGGCGGGGGCCAAGCUGCGGGCCUCUGCGGCCAUCGCUGUCUGUGCUGUCACUUCCCCUUGCCCGCUCCCCGCCCCCCUGGGCCGAGAGGAGUUGGUGGCUUCGGUGGCCUCAUCGUGAGGGCAGCUUCAGGAGCUGGGCAUCCAGCACGGCGCGAUGUGGAGCGCCGUGACGGCUCUGUGAGUCCAAGGCCGCGGCCGUGGCGCGCUGGGCGGCUGCGGGGCCUGGCCGGGUCCGCUCAUGGUGCCGCCACGACGCCAUCGCGGGGCAGGAAGGCCAGGUGUGCUGAGUUCUUCACCUCCUUUUAGACUGACAUCUGUCAAGUUUUCAGGGAUUGCUCUGGAAGAUCUAAGAAAGGCCCUUAAGACAAGACUGCAAAUGGUGUGUGUAUUUAUCAUGAACCGAAUGAAUUCCCAGAACAGUGGUUUCACUCAGCGCAGGCGAAUGACUCUUGGGAUUGUUAUUCUCCUACUUGUUGAUGUGAUAUGGGUUGCUUCCUCAGAACUUACUUCGUAUGUUUUUACUCAGUACAACAAACCAUUCUUCAGCACCUUUGCAAAAACAUCUAUGUUUGUUCUGUACCUUUUGGGCUUUAUUAUUUGGAAGCCAUGGAGGCAACAGUGUACCAGGGGAUUACGAGGAAAGCAUACCGCUUUUUUUGCAGAUGCUGAAGGUUACUUUGCUGCUUGCACAACAGAUACAACUAUGAAUAGUUCUUUGAGUGAACCUCUGUAUGUUCCUGUGAAAUUUCAUGACCUUCCAAGUGAAAAACCUGAGAGCACAAACACUGAUACUGAAAAAACUCCCAAAAAGUCUCGUGUGAGGUUCAGUAAUAUCAUGGAGAUUCGACAACUUCCAUCAAGCCACGCCCUGGAAGCGAAGUUAUCUCGCAUGUCGUAUCCUACUGUGAAAGAACAGGAAUCCAUACUGAAAACCGUGGGGAAACUAACUGCGGCUCAAGUAGCGAAAAUCAGCUUUUUUUUCUGCUUUGUGUGGUUUUUGGCAAAUUUGUCCUAUCAAGAAGCACUUUCAGACACACAGGUUGCUAUAGUUAAUAUUUUGUCUUCAACUUCUGGACUUUUUACCUUAAUCCUUGCUGCAGUGUUUCCAAGUAACAGUGGAGAUAGAUUUACCCUUUCUAAACUAUUAGCUGUAAUUUUAAGCAUUGGAGGUGUUGUACUUGUAAACCUGUCUGGCUCUGAAAAAUCUGCUGGAAGAGAUACAAUAGGUUCCAUUUGGUCUCUUGUUGGAGCCAUGCUCUAUGCUGUCUAUAUUGUUAUGAUUAAGAGAAAAGUAGACAGAGAAGAUAAGUUGGAUAUUCCAAUGUUCUUUGGUUUUGUAGGUUUGUUUACUCUGCUGCUCCUAUGGCCAGGUUUUUUUUUACUUCAUUAUACUGGAUUUGAGGACUUUGAGUUUCCCAAUAAAGUAGUAUUAAUGUGCAUUAUCAUUAAUGGCCUUAUUGGAACAGUUCUCUCAGAGUUCCUGUGGUUGUGGGGCUGCUUUCUUACCUCAUCAUUGAUAGGCACACUUGCACUAAGCCUUACGAUACCUCUCUCCAUAAUAGCUGACAUGUGCAUGCAAAAGGUGCAGUUUUCUUGGUUAUUUUUUGCAGGCGCUAUCCCUGUAUUUUUUUCAUUUUUUAUUGUAACUCUCUUAUGCCACUAUAAUAAUUGGGAUCCUGUGAUGGUGGGAAUCAGAAGAAUUUUUGCCUUUAUAUGCAGAAAACAUCGAAUUCAGAGAGUUCCAGAAGACAGCGAACAGUGUGAGAGUCUCAUUCCUAUGCACGGUGUUUCUCAGGAGGAUGGAGCUAGUUAGCUGUUGUCUGUGUAGCCCAGCUUGAUAAUGGAACAUUAUGCAGCGAAGAGACAAUCUCUGGCAAGUUUUUGUAGAAAAAUGUUUCAGUGCCUAGUCUGAAAAAUAACAGUUUCAGUUCUUUGAAACUCUAAAAUAUAUUUUUCUCAUAUCUGUUUUCUUCAUUUUCAUAAUGAAGUACUUUGCUAUGUAGCUAUGUACAUAUCACUACAAUUAUAGGAAGUUCCAGUUCAUAGUCCAUCUAAAGGACCAAUCUGCCUUACCACCUCUCAAGGAAUUCAGUUGAUGAAAUCAUUUGAACUAAUCAAGAAAUGAAUCCUAACUGUCUGGAGACGUUAUUUUCACCAUCUUUGUUAAAUGCUGGACUAUAUUAUGAAAAUAUUUUUAAGAAAUUGCUUAAGUGUUCACAGACCAGUAUUUCUGACAGGUAAAAAUGCUAAAAUAAGCUGCCUGUGAUAGGUACGGAUUAUAUUUUUGAGUUUUGUAGAAUACUGAAAAUUACACAGAAAAAUGUUUAAUUUAUGCAACAAGUAUGUUCAUGCAAAUUUGGUAGGACUUCAAAAAGAAUAAAUAUUUGAGAAACGAUCUGAUUCACUUACACUACAUAAACUGUAUUAUCCUUUCAUAGCAUUAGGUGCCUUGUAUUUUAAAUCUGUGACAAAUUAUGACAUUUUUAAAGGGGAGUAUUAUUGUAAAAUGAAGAAUUAUGUAUUUCUAAAGGCUGUAUUGCUGUAAAUUUAAUUGAUAAAACUCUGUUUAGAGUUUUGAAGAAAUAUUGUCUCUUCAGUUAAGAACUUUUCAUAAUGGAAUGAUUUAAAUUGAAGUGAUAAAAAGAGUAUUAUUAAAAUAAAAUUUUUAUAUGUGU